GUGCCCAGUGGGUUUGGGUCCCUUCUGUCUUUACCUGUUGGGUUGUUAUUCUCAUCUGUUUCUACCUGAUGUGUUCAUAUCUGCUUCUGUCUGCAUGUUGGUCCUAGGAUCUUGUCUACCUUUUAGACCUCAGUUUCCACCUCUCCCUGCUGUUAGGUGAAAGUCUCUAUCUCUGCCUGUUGAGCCUAAGUCCUUUUACUUCACUGUCUGCUGUAUAUAUAUGUUUUUGUGUAUGUAUACGUUUAUGUAAUCAUACGUAUAUGCAUGUGAUGUGUGCCUUUCUAGUCCUGCCUGUUGGAUGCUUGUCUUUGUAUCAAUCUCCACCUGUUGACUGCCUGCCUCUGCCUAUUGGUGUCUCCUUAUCUGCCUGUACAUACUAGGCACCUGUUUCUGCCUCCUGGGUACCAAACCACUAGCAGCUGGGUCAGCAUGAGGCUUUCCCUCUCUAAGCCCACAGGAGGAUGGGGGAGGGCCAGGGGGCAGCCCUCAGGCACCAGGGAGGUGGGGUGAGGGUGGAGGCCUGGAGCUGGGAAACCACAGGCCCUGAACGAUUGGUUGCCUGGGGUUGGGCCCAGCCCCUGUGCCCUCACCCUGCACAUCCGCUUUGGGCCUGGCCACCUCCUCAGCACUGCCUGCUCCUGCCAUGGUGCCGGCUCUGCUGAGCGGAUGGAGCAGGAUCCCAAGCUGCCCCGUCUGCGGCUCUGGGCCCUGCUCCCCUGGCUACCCAGGAAGCAGCGGCCCAGGAUCGUUCAGACCUCACUGCCUGCCCCUGGCCCCGGCCCUGGCCCCCGGCGGGACCCGGAUGAGGGCGUCCUCAAGGAGAUCUCCAUCACGCACCACGUCAAGGCAGGCUCCGAGAAAGCAGAUCCAUCUCAUUUCGAGCUCCUCAAGGUUCUGGGCCAAGGAUCCUUUGGCAAAGUCUUCCUGGUACGGAAGGUCACCCGGCCUGACAGUGGGCAUCUAUAUGCCAUGAAGGUGCUGAAGAAGGCAACAUUGAAAGUGCGUGACCGUGUUCGAACCAAGAUGGAGAGAGACAUCCUGGCUGAUGUCAACCAUCCAUUUGUGGUGAAACUACACUAUGCCUUCCAGACCGAGGGCAAGCUCUAUCUCAUUCUGGACUUCCUACGUGGUGGUGACCUCUUCACUCGGCUCUCAAAAGAGGUUAUGUUCACGGAAGAGGAUGUGAAGUUUUACCUGGCAGAGCUGGCUCUGGGCCUGGACCACUUGCACAGCUUGGGCAUCAUUUACAGAGACCUCAAGCCUGAGAACAUCCUUCUGGAUGAGGAGGGCCACAUCAAACUCACUGACUUUGGCCUGAGCAAGGAGGCCAUCGACCACGAGAAGAAGGCCUACUCGUUCUGUGGAACUGUGGAAUACAUGGCUCCCGAGGUGGUCAACCGCCAAGGCCACACCCACAGUGCAGAUUGGUGGUCCUAUGGGGUGUUGAUGUUUGAGAUGCUGACGGGCUCCCUGCCCUUCCAGGGGAAGGACCGAAAGGAAACCAUGACAUUGAUUUUGAAGGCAAAGCUAGGCAUGCCCCAGUUUCUGAGCACAGAAGCCCAGAGCCUCCUGCGGGCCCUGUUCAAGAGGAACCCUGCCAACCGGCUUGGCUCUGGCCCUGAUGGGGCAGAGGAAAUCAAGAGGCACAUCUUCUACUCCACCAUUGACUGGAAUAAGCUCUACCGUCGUGAGAUCAAGCCACCCUUCAAACCCGCUGUCGCUCAGCCUGACGACACCUUCUACUUUGACACUGAGUUUACGUCCCGCACACCAAGAGAUUCCCCGGGCAUCCCCCCAAGCGCUGGCGCCCACCAGCUGUUCCGGGGCUUCAGCUUCGUGGCCACGGGCCUGAUGGAGGAUGAUGGGAAGCCUCGGGCCACACAGGCGCCCCUGCACUCCGUGGUACAGCAACUCCAUGGGAAGAACCUGGUAUUUAGUGAUGGCUACGUGGUAAAGGAGACAAUCGGCGUAGGCUCCUACUCGGUGUGCAAGCGCUGUGUCCACAAGGCCACCAACAUGGAAUACGCUGUCAAGGUCAUCGACAAGAGCAAGCGAGACCCUUCAGAAGAGAUUGAGAUUCUUCUGCGGUAUGGGCAGCACCCCAACAUCAUCACCCUGAAAGAUGUGUACGAUGAUGGCAAACACGUGUACCUGGUGACAGAGCUGAUGCGCGGCGGGGAGCUGCUAGACAAGAUCCUGCGGCAGAAGUUCUUCUCAGAGCGGGAGGCCAGCUUCGUGCUGCACACCAUCAGCAGGACUGUCGAGUAUCUGCACUCCCAGGGGGUGGUGCACAGGGACCUGAAGCCCAGCAACAUCCUGUACGUGGACGAGUCGGGGAACCCCGAGUGCCUGCGCAUCUGCGACUUCGGCUUCGCCAAGCAGCUGCGGGCCGAGAACGGGCUCCUCAUGACGCCUUGCUACACAGCCAACUUUGUGGCGCCAGAGGUGUUGAAACGCCAGGGCUACGACGAAGGCUGUGACAUCUGGAGCCUGGGCAUCCUGCUGUACACCAUGCUGGCCGGAUACACUCCAUUUGCCAAUGGGCCCAGCGAUACGCCGGAGGAGAUCCUGACCCGAAUCGGCAGUGGGAAGUUCACCCUCAGUGGGGGAAACUGGAACACAGUUUCUGAAACAGCCAAGGACCUGGUGUCCAAGAUGCUGCAUGUUGACCCUCACCAGCGCCUCACAGCCAAGCAGGUCCUGCAGCACCCGUGGAUCACCCAGAAGGACAAGCUCCCCCAGAGCCAGCUGUCCCACCAGGACCUGCAGCUCGUGAAGGGAGCCAUGGCCGCCACGUACUCCGCACUCAACAGCUCCAAGCCCACCCCCCAGCUCAAGCCCAUCGAGUCAUCGAUCCUGGCCCAGCGGCGGGUGAGGAAGCUGCCGUCCACCACCCUGUGAGCCGCGGGCGGUGCCGGCUCCGCGGAGGAAGCAGCGUCUUUCCCAGAGGGGGCGAGCCUGAGGCCCAGGGCCAGCGUGAGCCCCGCGGGGCCCGGGAAGCAGCCAGCCCAGAUCACCCCAGCCAGGGUGUGAAGUGCCUUCUCCUUCCCCAAGACGGACUCGGCCCGGCCCAGGCUCCGCGGGAUGACAGUCACUGUACAAACUCUUCUCUUUUUUUAAGAAAAAAAAAAAAAACAAUGGCAUCAACCACCAAUGGAUUUUUACAGGAUCCAUUUGCCUUUCUGGGAGCAGAAAUAGCCAGUGCCACCCCAGGAGGGACACCAGGCACACUGGGGCUCCUUGUGGCCAAGACUCCUAGCCGCUUUGAGGCCCUGCCCUGGGAGCCCCCACAUCGGGCCCUCUGGAGCCUUUGGCACACACCCCUAGCAGCGCAGCGGCGCCUCGCUCUGUCCCCGGCCGGCUCCUUUUCCGUUCUGUUCUCCCCGGGGGGUUCGAGAACCACUUUCUGCGAGAGCAGAGGACCCUGCUCCUGCCGGCUCCCCGCUCCAGGCACCAGCAUUCACGCCGCCCGCCCGCGGGGCCCCUGCAGUGAGGCCGGGCAGCCCAGAGAGGCGGAAGCCCAGAGCACAUGGCGGCAGACUCAUGUUGUAUCCGCCACCCAACAGCUCCCACGCCAGGGGACAGGUCAGGAGGGGUAGAGACUGUUUUCUUGUCUUUCUCAGCUGGAAACUCAGGGUUCAUCUGUCCAUGGCCUUUCUAAUAAACGUACAGCCGAGUCGAAGCA